UGUUCAAAUACGCUCAUCCCACGUGAAAAUGAGCCAGCAGAUUCAGAUGAAGUCUGUUAUUGAUGUGAAGUUCCCGACGCAUCUGUUUUCCCCGCUUGCCACGUCAUCACCAAAACUCACGAGAAUGAGAGCUCCGAUUCGCGAUCAGUCGUGGUCCUCUUGCUCGGAUGACUCCAGCGGAAAUCUGACGUCUCAAGCAAUCACUGGAGUCGAUGAUUCGCACAUAGAAGCGACGAAACUCGAAAAUGAAAGCAGUACAUCUUCGUGCUCAAUGCACACUGCUUUGGAGUUUGUUAACUCAUCAAUUUUCGAAAGAGUGCGGUCGUAUUCAGAAGUGAUCACACGCGAAGAAUUGCAGUCAGCUAUUUUCGAGCGGAAACUGACUGAAACGGACUGUUCAAAGGAGGAAGCUGAAAUGUAUUCGAUCAUUGUCACUGAGCGUAUACUCUGGACUGCUGGGCGAACGUGGACGGGAACGAUUCAAGUUAAGACUAAAGAUCUUCUAAAUGACUACGUGCGUUAUGCAUGCGAGGAUUGGUACAUGAAGCACACCGGACAACUCUGCGCAGUCGAGCUCAAUCAUAUUGGCAAAUGGGAUGAGAUAUUUGAUUCGAAUGCCAUCGCCAUUUACUGCUACGAAACCGGUAUUCCAACAAUAAUCGUCGACCGAAUCUUCUCGAGUAACCUAGUGCGUCGUUCAACGGGAAACUAUCUCGAUACGAAAGAAGUGACGUGGCUCAUAUUUGCGAUGAUUGGGACUGACGAGAAUCAAUCGAUCGAGUAUUGGUUCCGCGUCCUUGAUGUGCAAUCUACAGGAAUCCUUCAAUUGGACGACCUGCGGAUGUUCUACGAUGCCAUCACAAAGUUUCUUGUCAAUAACAAUGUGCAAUCCCUGCCGUUCGAAAACGCUAUCGCUCAAUUUCGGGACAUCCUUGGCACAGACAAAUGGAAUCUGCAAUCAUUCAAAAAGAACUCGCAACUUGCCUUCAGAGUGAUCAAUGGCUUUGUCUGCGCUCUUCGCUUUCUUGAGCAGGAAAUUUGUGAGAAAACGAACACCGAACGCCAAGAUGAUGAGGAAUUUGGGAUGGUUCGGACUCGUUGGCAACGUUUGAUCGACCACAAAUUUGACGAUUACUAUGCUCAAUCCAGCACGUCAUCAUCAGGGUCGUUCAACAUCAAUAACGAACCAAUAAAUCCUGUUUAAGUAAUCCUAAAGUUUAAUCAUGUCAGAUAAUCAUUCCCUAUUGUAUUUAAUCGCCUGGUCCCAUAUCUUAUGUGCAAUUUUCACAAAUUUCAGUAUUCUUGUAAAAUGUCAGGCGGAUUCAUGUAAACAAUAAGAUUGUUCCUGCUC